UGGUGGGUCGCUUUCGUACUCCCUGCCUGGCGUGCCCAUGAGCCUCGCGUUUUUGGGGGCCCUUUUCCUUCCUCGCGAGAUGCAUCCACCGGCCGGUUUUCUCCUGGAAAGCCAUUCGUAGGACGAGAGGGCCGGAGGAGCAGUAGGCGGCGGGCGGCGGCGGCGAGGGAGAGAGAGAGAUGGCGCGCGAGAGGCGGGAGAUACGGCGGAUAGAGAACGCGGCAGCGCGGCAGGUGACCUACUCCAAGCGCCGGCGCGGGCUGUUCAAGAAGGCGGAGGAGCUCGCGGUGCUCUGCGACGCCGACGUCGCGCUCGUCGUCUUCUCCGCCACCGGCAAGCUCUCGCAGUUCGCGAGCACCAGUAUGAAUCAUAUCAUUGACAAGUACAGUACACAUUCUAAGAAUCUGGGGAAAUCACAUCAGCAGUCUCCUAUUGAUUUGAAUAUAGAGCAGAGCAAGUACACUGGUUUGAACGAGCAACUUGCAGAAGCAACUCAUGGACUUAGACAGAUGAGAGGUGAAAACCUUGAGGGAUUGAGUGUCGAGGAAUUGCACCAAAUGGAAAGGAAACUUGAAGCAGGAUUGCAUAGAGUGCUUAGUACUAAGGACCAGUUAUUCACGCAACAAAUCAGCGAACUACAACAAAAGGGAACACAGCUGGAAGAUGAGAACAGGCGUCUAAAAGAACAAAUGCCUCAGGUGUUAACAGCUGGCACAAUGGUGGUUGGUGCUGGUGCAGAAAAUAUCCUCACUGAAGAUGGACAGUCGUCUGAAUCUGUAAUGACUGCAUUGCAUUCAGGAAGCUCGCUCGACAAUGAUGAUGGUUCUGAUAUAUGCUUGAAGUUAUCGUUGCCUUGAAUUAAAGGAAGGACCAUCAGAUAUUAUCUGCUUGAGUGGGCGGACAUCAGUGCUCCUACGAAGAGAAAGACUGGGAUAGUCUCAUAGUCCCCAUACGGGAGAUUGGUUUAACCAAAUCUGCUAUCCUUGUGCAUGUCUGUAGUUCAAAGUAAUUAUCGCUGAAGUUGUAAUGGUGUAUAUGCGUUAUCUUCGUUCUAAAUAUCUGUAUUGUUUCGUUGCCGGGGCUACAUUGUUCGUGUAUUAUGCACUUCACCGUUAUAUGAAACCUAGAGCUUAUUAAGGAAGCUUCAGCAAAUCUUUUGUGUACCUAAAAACUAGCAGCAUUUAUGAAAUUUAGGUGCAGUAGCAGGUUGUUUAUCUA